AUGGAGAAACAAGGAGGGGCAGUAGCUCAGGGAGAGUAUGACAAAUAUAAACAGAGUCCAAAGAAGCCAAAGGAUUGCGGACAGUCCGAAUCUCACAUCCCCCCCGUGAAUGAGGAUGGAAUCCCAAUUUCCACAUCAGGAUUACUGCAGGUGGUGGAAAGAAGACAGCCGCUCAGCAGUGUCUCGUCACUCGAGGUGCACUUUGACCUCAUGGAUCUGACUGAACUCACUGACAUGUCCGAUCAAGAGCUCGCCGAGGUUUUUGCUGAUUCUGAUGACGAGAGUCAACCACAUGAUUCAUCCGCAGAACUGAACCAUCCAUUGAUGUAUCCAAUUAUUUCGCAUGGAACGCAUUUAAAAUCCCCCUCGUGGACAAGAGGCAAGAACGAGCAGACCCAUGACAGGAAGCACCCAAAUGACCCCGAUCCACCUUUGAAGAUGUCAGACCACUUUCAGACAGUUGAAACACACAAGAAGCCCUAGGGACAAGAAACCAGCGUGUUUCCGUAUGGAAUUUUGUGCAGUGCUGAAUAUUUCUAAUGCAUCAUUCAUGGUUGUUUAUCUGUGCCAUUCUUCAGUGGUCACCUACAUUCACAAAAAACACAUUUGCACAAUGUGUCCCUGCAAUAGUUCCAUCUCGUGUCAAAAAGCUGUGAAAAUCGAAGUAUCAAUGGCACUCCAUUCUCAUACCUUUGGUGCUGGCGUAUGGGACAGUGCUGUGGCCUUCAUAUGAUAAUAUCUGAAGAACUAAAACUUUGUAUUGCCUUGUAACUCAAUCAGGUGGCUCCAUUGAUCAUUUUUAACAGAAGUAAUCCUCAUUGUCGCACAGUACAUGGUUAUAGAUCAAGACAAACGCUGACACUUCCUGACAGAGUAUCCCUUCACAUUUGG